AUGAUUCACACUGGAGAGAAGCCAUAUCGGUGUUCUGAAUGUGACAAAGCUUUUACAUUGGAGUCAAGCCUUCUCACACACCAGAGGAUUCACACUGGAGAGAAGCCAUACCAGUGCCCUGAAUGUGACAAAGCUUUUACAUUGGAGUCAAGCCUUCUCACACACCAGAGGAUUCACACUGGAGAGAAGCAAUUUCAGUGUUCUGAAUGUGACAAAGCUUUUACAAGAAAGUCAAACCUUAUUAUACACCAGGUGAUUCACACUGGAGAGAAGCCAUAUCAGUGUUCUGAAUGUGACACAUUUUUUGGAAGAAAGUCAAACCUUAUCACACACCAGAGGAUUCACACUGGAGAGAAGCCAUAUCAGUGUUCUGAAUGUGAUAAAGCUUUUACAGUAGAGUCAAGCCUUAUCACACACCAGAGGAAUCACACUGGAGAGAAGCCAUACCAGUGUCCUGAAUGUAAUAAAGCUUUUGCAGUAGAGCUAAGCCUUCUCAGACACCAGAUGGUUCACACUGGAGAGAAGCCCUUUGAGUGUUCUGAAUGUGACAAAGCUUUUAUAAUGAAACACCAGGUUGUUCAUACUGGAGAGAAGCCAUAUCAAUGCUCUGAAUGUGACAAAGCUUUUACAUUGAAGCCAAACCUUAUAAGACAUCAGAUGGUCCACACUGGAGCAAAGCCAUUUCAGUGUUCUGAAUGUGACAAAGCUUUUAAAUCCAAGACAGAGCUUAUCAUACACCAGAAGGUUCACACUGGACCAAACUCAUUUCAAUGUUCUGAAUGUGAUAAAGUUUAUAGAAAGAAGACAAAUCUUAUCGUACACCAGAGGGUUCACACUGGGGAGAAGCCACAUCAAUGUUCUGAAUGUGAUAAAGCUUUUGCAAUGAAGCCGCACCUUAUCAGACACCAGAUGCUUCACACCAGAAAGAAAUAG